AUGGGUUCAGGGGGAGGAGUUAUUGCAAUCCUCAUGACGAGUGGUCACUGUGAGAGCUAGAGAUGUCUAAAGAAAACGGGAAGGGAAAUGAUAUUUUUCCUUGAUCUUUAACUAACUUGCUAGCUAUUUCAAGUGGUAUUUAGAUAGCUAAUCCGGUUUCAUAUUAUUGUUUUUAUGGGUAUGAAAACGUCCAGACAAAGAGAAACAGAACGUGAAGCUCCGUUUUGCUUAAUCACCCUUCUGUUACCAAAAGCAGAUCAUAUGGAAGAAGGGGCACGUUGAGGGAGCUCACACAAGCAAGACCUGCAUUCUCAAGUUUGCGGUAUAUACUGGGAUGAUUAUUCUCUUCAUAAGUGGAUAAAAUGCCCUGACUUCCAUGCAAUGGAGGGUUUAAGCUUCUCUAUGGGUUCAGUGGUGAUUCCCAAGACCUUGCUGCGCAUUAAAGGCUUUGGUGCAGCGGUCCUGGGGCUGAUCGUGUUGGUUACGAUGAUCACAGCAGCUUCACCUGCAGCAGACUGUUCUUCGUUGGAUCCCACCGUGUUGGAUGAGUUUCGGGAAGAAGCAUCAAGCUGGACUGAAUCACCCUCAGCCUUAUUUGUUUCACACACUGAGGCCUCUGAGCACCCAGAUGACACUACAACUACAGCUCUCCCUUCACCUGGUCACCUACCAUCUGAAUCUACACUUACUCAAUGGGGUAUUUCAGCUUCUCAAAACUCCAAAUCAUUGACUUCUAGAGAUCCCCUCCCCAUUGGUCCAGACCCUCUCUCCACUCCCACUUUAAGCUCCUCAGAGCCUGUGGUUGGCCUUCAGCAACAACAUAAAGGCCCUACCAGACUCUCAAGGGAGCUGAAGCUCUAUGGUCCUGACUCAACCAUGGCAAUUUUCUCUCCAACCCUUGUUACAGUACCACACCAGAAACCUCUCGGACCACAGUCCAACAAAUCCACAACACCCUUGAACUUCUCUACAGCCACCAGUUGGACUACAUUGGUACAGUUCAUUGUCCCAAACUCUAAUGAGAGAGCUCCAGAUGAACCUCCAUUAUUAUCCCCCAGCAACCAGCAAGACUCAUCAAAACAGACAACCCCUGCAUUUAUGACAUCACUUCCUGUUGGACCCCUCGGCCAGCCUAGACUGCCUGUUGACGAUCUGGUAGAUGUAGAAGCCCAGUCAGACCAAGCCAGGCCAGAGUCUAAACCUAAUCCAGACAUGUCCCAGAGUUUAGGCGAUCUCUUGCUGGUUCCCAAACUGCCCCUUGAUCCCUCAAGUAGGUUAAUCUAUCUGGAUCACCUUCGUCCCAGCAGUGAGCUCAUGCAGAAGGGCGAUGCUGCUCAGGAUAUCCACAUGCUCCCGAAACCAUCACCUGAGAUGCAGCUGGCUCCCAGCUACGUGCCUUUUCUGAACCCUCACACCACGUCCUUCUCGUCCGAGCCCACCAUGGUCCCUCCUGAGGACUUCUUCCCCGCCAACACCAUGGUGGUGGAUUGGGGCUCCGGAGACUACCCGGAGACUGCAUCCUACAUGGGCUUGGAAAGGGACGACUUCUCCCUGGUCACCAAUCUGCCCACGGACAUGUACGACCUGGAGGACUCCAACGCGGAAAGCUACGACACCUCCUUCCCCUCCAGGGUCGGCGUGUCCUUCUCCUCGAUGCGUCACAUGACGUCUUCACCUAGUCUCACAACAGCGGCUUACAGCUCUAGCGUCGGAAGUGUGGCCCCCACGUCCGUUCCUCUCCCCAUCCAUCCCUCUCCCAGUCACCCCACGCUAGCCUCAACACAAAUACCAACACCUCAAGGGGAUUUACCAGGAGGUUCAGAUGUUGACUGGACAGAUACCUUUAUGGUUGAACCAACAGACCUCCUCUUACCAGACAUGAAUAGCCUGGAGUACUACACCAUCCAGCUGACCAAGGAUGACUCAGAAGAACACAGGGGCACUAACGUGACCACCACCUCCAGGCAUUUCUCCCUGAUCUCCAUCAGCACCACGCACAUCGUGGCCACCAGCACCUUCACUGUGGACCUCAGCCACAUGCUUACAGCCUUCUAUGGAGUGGAUGGAGUGGAGGUCCAGCCUUCUGACAACACUUCCUGGAUCGAAGAGUCCUCCACUGAUAUCUCCAGCUCCGAGCCUCUGAAUACGACCACAGCAAACACUAUGGAGAUGACUCCGCUGAAUGUCUCAGUGCCAUUCUUGGAGGCUUCAGUAGUGCCAACUCCCUCCAUGGACCUCUCGUCCUCCCUGUGGGGUGUCACUGGUCAGGUAUCCGGUGAAUGGACGAGCCCCGUGGCCACCUCCAGUGUCGGACUGGACAACAGCUCUGUCUUAGUGUCAGUGCAGCCUAGUGCUACUGCCUCGGAGACAGACAUCCUGUGGUACGUCUCUCCCUCCGCCACAGAGACGGCCCUCCUCAGCACCUCUCUCGUAACUCCUGUGGUGACCACCUCUAUCGCCUUCUCCCCAUUUCCCGGCCAGACAGAAUUACCCCCCAAUGUCACCUCAGGCCCGACAGAACCAGCCACCAAUGCCACCACCAUCCCCCCGGUGUCAGUCAUGGCUGACCAAGGCGUUGUUACUGAUAGUCCUGUCACAGCAGUGACCAACGACAGCCAGACUACAGUUAGUGGUGUAGACAUUUCCACAACUGAUCCUGCCACCACCACCACCACUACUACUACCAGCAUCACUACUGAGGCCUUUACAACCACCACUCUGGCCACCACCACUACCCUCCUAACUACUACGAAGAGCCCACCUACAACCAUAGGCCGCCAGUACCUCUGUAACGUCACCAAGCCUGUGUACUUUGUUGAAGUCGGUUUUCCGGCUGGGGCCACUGUUGGAUAUGCCAAAUCCCAAGUCCGAGAUGUCCUGAAGACUGAAUUCAAUAAGUCAAUUGAACUGCAGGUUGCUAAGAAUCCUCCAGACUUUGUGUUCCGGGCAGUGUCGGGUCCUGUGGUGUACACGGCCAUAUCAGUCAUCAACGCCCUGCGCCAAUCAAGUCGAGGCUUCCUGUCCAUCUCACACUACUGGAAGGUACCAGACCACCAGUACCAGGUCCACUCAGUGCUGCAGUUUGUGCCCAGGCACAUUGACGUGCGCGUCUGCAACUUCAGCGAGCGCAUUGAGAAAGGCCUGACCAUGGCAUAUGCCGAAGUGCGCCGGCGCUCGCAGGAGUCCACAAACUUCACUGUGGAUAUUCUGAACAUCACCAUGAACCAGCCAAGUAGUCAGCAAAGGGAGCCGGUGGACGUGACCUUUGCGGUGCGUGGGGCCAUAGGCUACCUGAAGGGGUCAGAGGUCAGCAACCACCUGAGGCUGCUCAACAUGGUGGAAUUCAGCUACUACCUGGGCUUCCCCGUGCUGCAGAUCGCCGAGCCUUUCCACUACCCGGAGUUGAACACCACCCAGUUGCUUCGCUCGUCUUGGGUUAGAACAGUGUUGCUGGGUGUGCUGGAUCAGGGGGUGGACGAGCGGACCUUCCAGGCCAAGAUGGAACGUCGUGUGGCCCUGCUGCUAGGAGAAGUGCUGGGGGCGGCCAGGCGCACCAAGAGGGCCACCAGCGUGGCUAACCACAGUAUUCAGAUUGUGAGUACGACCAGGCUGGUGGGAGCGGAACACCCCCUGGAGAUGGUGUACUUUGUGGAGGGUCCCAGCGGGGAGCGGCAGCCUGCAAUCACUACAGCCAACCUGCUGAACCGUCUUGACGUGCAGAGGGCAGCCAUCAUACUGGGAUACAGAGUGGAGGGCAUCCUGGCUACACCUGUGGAGAAGGUGGCGGGCUACCCUCCCACGGACACGGAGAACACCAGCGUGUGGAUCAUUGUCGGCGUGGUGGUGCCGCUAGGUGUGGCCGUCGUCAUCAUCUCCAUCCUGUACUGGAAGCUGUGUCGCACCGACAAGCUGGAGUUCCAGCCCGACGCCAUGACCACUGUCCAGCAGAGACAGAAGCUCCAGGCUCCCAGUGUGAAGGGCUUUGACUUUGCCAAGCUGCACCUGGGCCAGCACAGUAAGGAUGACAUCAUGGUAAUCCAGGAGGCCGGCGCCCCCGGCCCUCCCCUGCCCAACCUCAGCUCCAAGGAAGCCGCAUCGGAGUACGGCGAGGUCCCCACCCCUAAGUCAAAGGGGACCUCAGUCUCCUCCACCAAGGCCUCCCGCAGCGCACGCAGACGAGGAAGGAUCUCUCCAUCGGACGGGGACUCCAUGGUGAGUGCUGGGUCCAGUGAUCGUGAGAGGGAGUCAGCCGAGGAGAACCUGAGAGCUAUCGCCACGCCAAACGACAGCAAGCAGGCCCGCAAGAUCCCCAUCAAUGUUUUAAAUGGUCCUCCACCCAUGAACGGCCAUGAUGAGCAGCUGUCGUCGGCCUCCAUCUUCGAGCAUGUGGACCGCAUGUCCCGCUCGGCCGACGACAGCCGCCGCUUGUCCAAUAAGAUCCAGCUGAUCGCCAUGCAGCCCAUGGCCUUCCCAGCCCGGCACCACGGUGCCACUGUCAACGGUAUCAAUGGUAGUGGGCAAGAAACACACAACAUCUUCAACAAGGAGACCCAGGUGGCGUUGAGGCACAAGUCUGAGAUCGAGCACCACCGGAACAAGAUCCGCCUGCGGGCCAAGAGGAAGGGUCACUAUGACUUCCCUGCCAUGGACGACCUGGUGGACAACGGUCUGACCACUGACCCCAAGGACCAGGACCGCAUCUACCACAAGGCCCAGAUGCAGAUCGACAAGAUCCUGGACCCCGACAUCCACAUGGCCUCGCUGUUCAUGGAGCCUAAAAAGAGUGGCAGGGGGAGGCGUUCUCCCAAGCAGAAGAAGAAGCACCAGCUGAACGGCAGCCUGACGGACGCAGACAAGGACCGCCUCAUCUCCAACGACAGCGACGGCACCUACAGGAAAUACCCUGGGGUCAACAAUGUGGCCUAUGUGUCGGACCCUGACCAGGCCCCAGAGUCCGGGACCCCCUCCCCCAACGACGACGUCUUCCUGGGCCCCAACUCGCCCCCUCCGGGGCAUGCCCCUCCUCCGCCCCCCUACAUGCCCCCACAGCCCUCCAUCGAGGAGGCCCGGCAGCAGAUGCACUCUCUGCUGGACGAUGCCUUUGCCCUGGUCUCACCCAACUCCCAGGGCAGCACGGCCGGCCUCACCCAAACUGGUGUCAACUCCAACCUCCCCAGCUCCAGCCCCCCACCACGCGGUGGAACCCGCCCCUGGGGCUCGUCUUACCCAGCACUCAGCCCCUUCUCCUCGAGAUACGCUGAGUUAGGAAUGUCCCCUCCUUCAGUCCAAGGCUUACUACAGCGACAGGGCCAGGGCUCCAGCUACCUGCCACCAGGUGACCCAGGACAUGUUGACCAGCUCCCCCCAGACAGCCACUAUUCCACCAGGGGCCUGUACACUGAAGACCUCCCCUUCUCAGCCAGGCCACGACCAGUAGGGGGCACCACAGGUGCCCAGCUCCAUCACCUGACCCAGAUGGGUCUUGGGAGCCGGAUCAACGGGGGGUACCCGGCGGGGAGCAGGGCCCCUCCAGGUCAGACUGGAGGUUCAGGGUGGGGGCCGUACGCUGACGAUGACUUCAGACCCACCAGAGACCCUGUUCUUCUGGGCUACCCUGACUACUCCUCCUCCUCUAUGUUCCAGAUGCCUAGUAGAAGUGCACUAAGGGAGCCCUCAUCCCCCCUGGCCCACCUGGACACACACACAACCGGAUUCGGCUACCCUCCAGAGGAGUCCUGCUCUCCCCCCAAUCACUCCUCUGCUUCCCUCAUCAAGGCCAUCAGGGAGGAGCUGCUGCGCCUCUCCCAGAAACAGCAAGCCGUGCCCAGCUACCACAGCUGAUCACAGAUUGCCUCCUCUGGUCCUCACUGAACCUUAACCUCUAAGUCUACAUCCACCAGUCAUACCACUGCCCCUGCCUGCCUGCUCCAACCUAGCAAUGCUUCCCAUGGAAGUUCCGUUGUACAGGAGGAGAAACACAAGACCGUACUGUCUUGGGGCGGCAGGUAGCCUAGCGGCUAGAGCAUUGGGCCAGUAACCGAAAGGUUGCUGGUUCGAAUACCCGAGCCAACAAGGUAAAAAAAUCUACCGAUGUGCCCUUGAGCAAGGCAUUUGACCCUCAUUUGCUCCAAGGGCGCCAUACUAAAAUGGCUGACCCUGGAAAACAACACAUUUUAUUGCACCUAUCUGCUGGGCUGGGUAGAAUGAGGAGGUUGUUUCAUAUGCCAGCUGGUAGCGUAAGCAUGGCUAAUAUCAUUAUAUGAAUGAACUGUUCUCUAGGCUCUGGAUCUUAGCCUCUGGCUUUCUUAACCCAGACUGUCCUAUGGCAUACAGUAUACUGGACCAAAUGACCCUAGUGGUUAGAAGGUGAAUGGUCCCUUGCUCUCCAGCGUUGGCCAAGGUAUCUCUGCCCAAGCCUGGCCAUGACCGCUGAUCCUAGGUGUUGUUGCUUUCUUUUCUUUUGAAACCGCAUUCUAGACUCUCUGUGUGACGAUAAUAAGCAAUGUGGUUUGAUUCUCUCAUCCUGCCUUGACAUCCUAACAACAUUUUACCCUACAGUGGAAUUUCUCUACCAGUAGGACAUCUGUCAUUUCGGCUCAAACAUUGAUACCUAUGUUACCUUUAACAAUGAGGCAUCUUACCAUUACCAUGAGGUAUAUUUUAGUUUUUUGAAGAGCUUCUUACUUCUCCUCCAUCUUCCUUUGGUGCUUCUUUCUACGCUUUGUGUUUUCCUUCAUGAUAUUGAUAUGCGCAACUCUGUCAAAACACGCCCCCGGUGCAGGAUUACAUUGUUUUCCGCCACGAGCCACACAAUGCCUUGUGUUAUGACAGCGUGAGGGAGUUCAACGGUCUCCAUCUACGGUACAGCUCAAAUCAGAGUUCAGAGCAGACAACACUGGAUACAGACAGACAGAGACCCGCAAUAAACAGACUGCAGCAACUCCCAUGCAGAACUUUACCGAUGCAGUCGUGGAACCAGAGAUAUUUAAUGACUGAGCACUGCUAGGUUUAGUUUGUCACUCGCCCCACUCUACGUGAGCCUUGUUUAGAUUUUGUGUUGCUUCAGCACAAUGUCCACAUUUGUACUAAUAUAGCCAGGUUACUGAUGAUGCCGUAUUAAUAUUAAGACUCUUUAAAUACCCAUGUAUGGUAAACUACGCUCAACAAAAAUAUAAACGCAACGUGCAACAAUUUCAAUGAUUUUACUGAGUUAUAGUUCAUAUAAGGAAAUCAGUCAAUUGAAAUAAAUUCAUUAGGCCCUAAUCUAUGGAUUUCACGUGACUGGGAAUACAGAUAUGCAUCUGUUGGUCACAGAUACCUUAAUAAAAAGGUGAGGGGCGUGGAUCAGAAAACCAGUCAGUAUCUGGUGUGACCAUCAUUUGCCACCACAUCUCCUUCACAUAGAGUUGAUCAGGCUGUUGAUUGUGGAAUGUUGUCCCACUCCUCUUCAAUGGCUGUGCGAAGUUGCUGGAUAUUGGCUGUAACUUGAAGAAACUGUCGGACACGUCAGUCCAGAGCAUCCCAAACAUGCUCAAUGGGUGACAUGUCUGCAGGCCAUGGAAGAACUGGGACAUUUUCAGCUUCCAUGAAUUGUGUACAGAUCCUUACGACAUGGGGCCGUGCGUUAUCGUGCUGAAACGAGGCGAUGACGGCGGAUGAAUGGCACGACAAUGGGCCUCAGGAUUCCCUGAGACGUUUGACAGUUUGUGUGUAAAUUCUUCGGUUUUGCAAACCCAAAGUUUCAUCAGCUGUCCGGGUGGCUGGUCACAGAUGAUCGAGAUGCCAAAUUCUCUUAAACAACAGUGGAGGCAGCUUAUGUUAGAGCAAUGAACAUUAAAUUCUCUGACAACAGCUCUGGUGGACAUUACUGCAGUCAGCAUGCCAAUUACACACUUCCUCAAAACUUGAGACACCUGUGGCAUUGUGUUGUGUGACAAAACUGCACAUUUUAGAGUGGCCUUUUACUGUCCUCAGCACAAGGUGCUGUGUAAUCAGCUUCUUGAUAUGCCACACCUGUCAGGUGGAUGGAUUAUCUUGGCAAAGGAGAAAUGCUCACGAACAGGGAUGUAAACUAAUUUGUGCACAUUUUAGAGAAAUUAGCUUUUUGUGUGUAUGGAAAUAUUUCAUUUCAGCUCAUGAAACAUGGGACCAACACUUUACAUGUUGCGUUUAUAUUUUUGUUCAGUAUAGACAGUAGGACCACAGUAUUAUAGUUUUUCUCUAUAUAUUAUACUAAGGUCAUUUAUUGAGCGCACAGGACCAAAUAUGUAUAAUCAUUAAUUUAUGAAUUCAUUUGUAGCAUUUUAUAAUGUUUUCUGACCGGCAGGCCUGAAUCAAAAUGAUUGACAGGACUGUACUAGGGAAUUGCAGUGUCUUCUCUAUUUUAUGAAGUGGAUAGAUUUGACCACGCAUUCUUAUCCACUCAAUGCACUGUAUACAGAUUACUGGGUGCACCUUGGCUUUUCCCAGUGAAUAUCCUGCAGGCCACACCAACUCAAAUGUAGUUGAAAGAUUCAUAGGUCAUUCAAUGAAAGAUUCAUAAGGUCAGGGCAAUGAAGCAUUGUAUUGCUCAAGGAAAUGCUGUCUUUUCCCUGCUGAGAAACAGGGCCAAAGGUCACACACUGUCAGGGUUAUUCUUCUUUCAUUUCCUCCUUUUUCAAUGCAGUAUUGAAAUGUUUAGCGCUGUUCUUUUCCCACCGCAUUUUCAGAGUUUGAAAGGAAUCUGAAACUGUAUUGUAAUUAUUCAACGUUUACUGUUCACAGUUAACCUGUCAGCGUCAGAUGUGUUGUGUGUUUCAUGUUUUUUUAUUUUAUUCUUGGAUGACCUUGCCUCAUGUUUUUUUGUUCCUCCUCGAUGUGUCUUUGUUCAAUAUUUUUUUUAUUUAAUUUUGUUCGAUUACAUUUGACGGAAACUCCCCACACAUUGCUAUGCUGUGGGGAUUGAAGCGAUAUUUUAUUUAAAUGAAAUAAAAGAGAAAGUAUUGAUUUUGGUUGCAGGGUUGAGAAAAAAAACGACAUUUAUUCACUGACUUGGACAAAGUAAUAAUAUACCAGUGUUGAACAUUGUCCCAAAGGUUACCGCCAUAACACAAAAACAAACGGAGAAAACAUGGAACCAAACUGCACCAGCUACUGUCAUGUACAGCAGACACACACUACUUACUAUCCCACUGAGCACAUACUGGUUGAAUCAACAUGGUUUCCACGUCAUUACAAUGAAAUUAGGUUGAACCAACAUGGAAUAGAUGUUGAAUGAACGUUUCCAACAUGUGCCUUAUGGAUCCGCCCUCCCUUUGAUUGUCUCCCACUAAUGUCUACCAUCCCGUCUCACACUGCCUGCCUGCCUGUCAGAUGGAGUCUUAACCAGGCUCUGUUCACUCCAACAAGUACUGACUGUAUGGGAUCGUAGCACAGUACUGUAUGGCAUUUUGCAACUACUGUAGUUGGAAGGCUGUUAAAAGGAUUUUCUCUCAACAAUGGUUCUAUUGGGCUUAGCAGGUGAUGCUACAGUAUGUCGUGGUUAAUUAAGCCCAGUGCUUAUUUAAACAGUGUUUCUGGAUGUAGUCGAAGAUAUACUCCCAUGCAGUUGGAUUGUAAACGGAGUUACCUGAAGUGAUUUCAUCUCUGGUUGGUGUGAUUGGCUUCGAUCACAGCACUGUACUAUACUGUACUGUCCUGUACUCUAUGCCUCCACCUGCUGGUAUUGUAACCCCACUGCACCUCAUGUCGUUCAUGUGUUUUUUUCCCCCUUUAUGUUUGGCUGUUGUGUCUUGUUGUAUUGUGAAGGUCAUACUUUAUGUUGGCUGGCCCAACUAUGUUUUACGUGUUUAUUUGUAGAGUUGCAUGUGUCAUUCAUGUAAGGCUGUGUGUGGUUUGUUUUCCAUUUGUGUUGCCCACGCUGUUCUGAAAAAAAAUGAUAGCUUUUAAAAACCGAUGAAACCUAA